UCCACUUUUGUGUCUCGUGAAAGUGAGGAGUGUUUUCUUCGGUCGGUACAUUAAAUGCGGUUGAGGUACAAGUGAGGGAUCACGUCGUUUGUACGGCAAAAACAAACUUACUUCUGUGUGCGGAGGAAACUAACGUACAAUUACUACCUAAACUCCCCCUUUUUGAGGCGAUCUCAAAAUGUCUCGAUUUGUGGCUGUGCUUUGCUUUGUGAUGUUCCUCAAUGGAAGCUGCUGCUACGGCUUCCGGAUAUUGGGGCUCUUCCCGCACCCUGGGGAGAGUCACUACCAAAUCUUCCAGCCCAUCAUGCAGGCCCUGGCGGCACGAGGGCACGAGGUCACGGUGUUGAGCCACUUUCCCGAUCGCGCAAAUACCACCAAUCUCCGUGUGUUGGUCAUUGAGGAGCACAAUAGUCUCCUCAAUGUGAUGGACUUGGCUGUCUUUGAUAAUCGUCGACCGUACAAUCACUUUCUCGAAUUCUUCAUGCUCUACGAUUGGGGCACACAGAGUUGCCGAAAAGCCCUCGGAUCGGCAGCCCUGCAGCAUCUCCUUGCGUCUGGGGAGACCUUUGAUUUGGUCAUCACGGAGAGCUUCAACACAGACUGCCUGCUGGCCGUUGCGCAUCGUCUCAAUGCGCCCUUUAUCGGGCUCAGCAGCUGCACCCUCCAGCCGUGGCAUUUGGACCGUGUGGGCAUCCCCAAUUUCCCUUCAUACAUCCCAACACUCUUUAUGGGCUACAGCGAAGACAUGACCUUCGGGCAGCGUCUCGCCAAUUGGAUCACCCUGCAGAGCUUUAAAUUUGCCUACAAGCUCUUCAAUGAUCGCACCGCCAACAGCAUUGUGGCUGAACACCUCGGUCCAGGGAUUCCCGACGUUGGGGAGUUGGCCAAGCGCACGAGCCUCAUCAUGGUGAACACACACUACUCCCUAAGUGGUACGAAACCCCUCCCGCCGUCUGUGGUGGAAAUUGGCGGUGGAUACCUCUUCAGCACGCACGAGAAUACGCUCGAUUCGAAACUCGAUCCAGAGCUGCGGGAAUUCCUGGACAGUGCCGACAAUGGGGUCAUCUACAUCAGUUGGGGAUCAAUGAUUCGCGCAGAAACCCUCCCAGCUGCCAAACGCGAUGGGAUCCUCCAAGCACUGGCCAUGCAACCACAGAAGGUUCUUUGGAAGUGGGAAAAUGAGACCAUCCCCAAUAAACCCGACAACGUGUUCUUCCGCAAAUGGAUGCCACAGCGAGAUAUUCUCUGCCAUCCCAAGGUGAGGGUCUUCAUGACACACGGAGGCCUCCUGGGCAGCUCCGAGGCCGCCUACUGUGGUGUCCCCGUGAUCGUAACUCCCAUGUAUGGGGAUCAAUUCUACAAUGGGGCCUCAAUGGAACACAGAGGAAUGGGCGUUGUCCUGCCUUAUGAGGAGAUAAGCAAAGAAACCGUCCAUGCUGCCUUACAGAAGACUCUUGACGCCAGCUACCUCACAAACGCCAAGAGAGUCUCCUACGCAUACAGGAAUCGCCCUAAGAAUCCCCUGGACACAGCCGUGUGGUGGGCUGAGCAUGUGAUAAAGACAGGUGGUGCCCCUCUUACGCGUUCCCACAGCAUUCACCUUCCCUGGUACAUCUACCACUCUCUCGAUGUGAUAGCUACACUCCUUGUGGGGCUUCUCACCUUCCUGGGUGCAUGGAUUUGGUUCCUGCGACGUAUUUUCAGUUCAGGACGUCGAAAACAACCAACAAAUCGCGAUAAAGUUAAGAAGAAUUAAAGAAAAAUUCAAUUUUCAUUUUCUUUGCUGUGUCGGCCGUGCUGUUGACUCCAGUGCUUGUCCACUGGGACCAUCAUGACAAUUUCUUUUUGUAUUUUUUUUUAUUCUUUUUCUUUUGCUCUUUGUGGGCAUUUCAACGAAUUUGAGACAUUUCAUUCUUUAAUUUUUUUGUAAAGAAAAUUUAUUUAAAAAAAUUCUUCAAGCACUGGCGUUUGAAAGUUCCUUUUUUUCUCAAUAAUGAAAAUUAAGAAAAGAAAAAAUCCAUCCUUUUGUUUUUUUAGGUUUCUCUCCACCAUAAAACUGUUGUAGAUUUUAUUAUAUUUUACAAAUUAUAUAACAAAAUGUAUAUAAAAUAAAAAAAGCUCAUUUUGCCUCUCA